AAAUGUGAUUUACUGGCUCAUCCGAUACUUUUCUAGUGCUGGAUUAAAGAACAUUCCUAAGAUCAUAUAUCACUCAAAUAAUAAGAUCAUAUAUCGCUCAUAACUACUCAUGACCUAAUAGAAAAAACCCAAUCUUCCCUUCAUCUGAAACCCUCCGUUUCCUCCUCCAUCCCAUCCAUGGCACCAAGACGCGCCUCCCCUCUUGACGUACCCCCGGCCGUUUCUUCUUCCGACGAAGAGGAGGAAACUUCAUCGGAAGAAGAAGAAACCUCCGAAGAUGAGAAGGUUCAAGCAACCCCCAAACCAACGGUUUUAUCGCCCAACACCAAGAAGACAGACGAUGAUUCCGAGUCCGACGCCGAGUCGAGUUCCGAGUCCGAGCCCGCCGACUCGACCGUCAAGCCCAUAGCGUCGAAGCCGAUGGAGGAGAAGAAAGGGGCCAGAUCCAAGCCCUCCGUCGCCGCCACGCCGGAGAUAAAGUCGGCGGCUAAGAGGCCGAGAGAGUCGGAGACCACCGCAAAGGACUCGAAGAAGCGGGUGAAGAAGAAGAGCGGCCCUGAAGUGCCUCCUCCGGAGGCGGAUGGCGACGGCGGAGUAGCGUCUGAUGAGGAGCAGGAGGAGUCGAAGAAGUCCGGCGGAGACGACUCGAAGAAGCUGUUCCAGAGGCUGUGGAGCGAGGAAGACGAGAUCGUGAUACUGAAAGGUUUAAUCGACUACGCUGCGAAGAGAGGCGGCGAUCCGGCCGCAACGGACAUGAAUACCUUCCAUGAUUUCAUCAAGAAGUCGCUGCACGUUGAGGUCACGAAGUCGCAGUUGUCCAACAAAGUCCGGAAGUUAAAGAAGAAGUACUUAAACAACGCGGCAAGGAAGAAAUACAACCCUACGAAGCCGCAUGAGCAGAACGCCUUCGAGCUCUCGAAGAAGAUCUGGGGCGGCCGCGGCAGCCGUGCCGGCGUCUCUUCGCCGAAGUCGAACGGCGCUGCAAAGAGUAACGGAAAGGCUACCCUGGCUUCACCUGCUCCUCCGAAAGAAGGUUCUAGAAAGAGUGAGAUUGGUGGGAAAUCGGGCGUUUCAGUGCGUUCGAGUGAGAUGAUUGGAUUUGGUAUGAAGAGCUUACCAGAAGAGGUUGUGAAGAAGGGACUCGAUUUGCUUCCGGAAUCGAAGAAAGCCGAGUUGGACGCCAUGUGGAAAAAGCUUCACAUUGAUGAACUGGAGCUUUUUGUAGAGAAGAAUCAGUUGAUGAACGAACAAGUCAAGUUGGUCCUCGAGAAGCUCAAGUCUUCUGAUCAUUAGUGGGUAUUGGUGAGGUAUAGCUUGUGAUGGAUUUUUUGCUUAUUAACUUAUAAUGGCUUUUGGGCUUCAUUUUGCCUUUCAAAAAGGGGGUGCGGGGUGAAGAUUGUGUUGGGAGUUUCUACUUUGUUAUGUGCAGUGUUUAUUGCUAAAUUUGAAGCUGAUGGCCUUUAACUAUGUGAGUAGCUAUCUAAUGGAACUGCAUAUUUUCGUUUACGAUAUUGAUU